CGCCCCGGAUUGGCCCGCGUCACUUCCUCGGUUCCGGACACAGUCCACGCAGGAGCCGGUCUCUACGGAGACCCGCCCACGGGGCGUGGCCAGAGCGCGCCCCGCCGGGGAAUGCGGCCGUCGGUCUUUGCCCUCCGCACCGCACCCCUGAGACCGGCGCUUGACUUGGAAACAGUCCCAGCGCUGGGACCACGAAGGAAGCCGAAGACGGUCGCCAAGAGCCGCGAGGACGCCCAAGGGACGCUCCGGCCGGCCGGAAGCGGAACCGAGCCGAGCCGGAAGGAGCGAAGCCCACCUGAAGGUUGCUGAGCACCGGCGGGCGUUGAGCCCAACGGAGCCCGCGUCAUGGCGGCGGACGGGACCGGUGUAGCCGGAGGAGGUGCUGUCGGCGGCUGCCUGACCAAAGACAGCUUGCAGGAUGCUAAGUGCCCAGCGCCGGUCCCCAAUCGCCGGCGCGCUUCCUCGCUGUCUCGUGACGCGCAGCGACGAGCCUAUCAGUGGUGCCGGGAGUACCUGGGCGGGGCCUGGCGCCGAGCGCAGCCGGAGGAGCUGAGCGUUUGCCCCGUGAGGUCAGGGGUCAGCCUCGGGGCUCUCAAGACACUCCCUGUUUGGAUGCUCGGAGGCCUUAGCAACCUGCUCUUCCGAUGCUCGCUACCGAACCACCUGCCCAGUGUGGGCGAGGAGCCCCGCGAGGUGCUGCUACGACUGUAUGGGGCCAUCCUGCAGGGUGUAGACUCCUUGGUAUUGGAAAGCGUGAUGUUCGCCAUUCUUGCAGAGAGGUCACUAGGGCCCCAACUUUAUGGAGUGUUUCCAGAGGGCCGCCUGGAACAGUACCUCCCAAGCCGACCAUUGAAAACUCGAGAGCUCCGGGACCCAGUGUUGUCGGGAGCCAUUGCAACAAAGAUGGCCCGUUUCCAUGGUAUGGAGAUGCCCUUCACUAAGGAGCCCCACUGGUUGUUUGGGACCAUGGAGCGGUACCUAAAACAGAUCCAGGACCUGCCUUCCACGGGCCUCCCCCAGAUGAACCUGCUGGAGAUGUACAACCUGAAGGAUGAGAUGGGCAACCUCAGGAAAUUGCUAGAGGCCACCCCAUCACCAGUGGUCUUCUGCCACAAUGACAUCCAGGAAGGGAACAUCUUACUGCUCUCCGAGCCAGAAAAUGGUGACAGCCUCAUGUUGGUUGAUUUUGAGUACAGUAGUUAUAACUACAGGGGCUUUGACAUUGGGAAUCAUUUUUGUGAGUGGGUUUAUGAUUAUACCCACGAGGAGUGGCCUUUCUACAAAGCGAGACCCACAGACUACCCCACUAGAGCACAGCAGUUCCUGACGCUUGUCCGUUGCUCUCAGCUCCAUUUUAUCCGCCAUUAUCUGGCAGAGGUUCAGAAAGGUCAGAUCCUCUCUGAAGAGCAGAAGAAGCUGGAGGAGGAUUUGCUGACAGAGGCCAAUCGGUACGCUCUGGCCUCUCAUUUUUUCUGGGGUCUGUGGUCCAUCCUCCAGGCAUCCAUGUCCACCAUAGAGUUUGGCUACUUGGAGUACGCCCAGUCUCGGUUCCAGUUCUACUUCCAGCAGAAGGGGCAGCUGACCAGUUUCCACCCAUCAUCCUGACAGUCCAACCCCACCUCAGAUUUCUCCUGAAGACUCCAGGGCAGGACCUUGGAGGGAGGGCCAAAGAGCAGGAGACCCCAGAGACUGGGCUGUGCCCCUUAAGUGAGACUGUUGUUAAAAUAGCUGACCUCUAUCCUGUUUGAGUAGUUGCCCAAGGUGGGCAUCUGGAAUCCCUGGGGCUGUGUACUUAAAUAAACGAACUGCUUCGGAAACAUACAAA